AAGACUUGGCGGAAAAUACUUUUUUAUUUUUCUUAACAAGUGAAACCGGAACGAGCGAGACGCAACAGAAGAAUCUCAAGAUCGAAGACCAGUGAAAUCGAAGAAUUGAAGCACAAGCUUCUCCAUCUCUGCAAUCUCUCUAUCCACCUCUGAAAUCUCUCUAUCUCGUUAUCGCAUGUUUCGCUUUCCAAUUCAGACGACAGAGAGACGACGCGUCUGAAGCAUAUCUCCGGAAUCGGGGUGAAGAGAAACGCGGCGAGAAGAAGAGGCAGAUUUUCGUUUUGGGAGGGUAGACAAAUCUGGCGAAAGUGGAGGGCCUAAGGGCGAGGCCAUGGCUUAAGCCAGGAGCUUGUAUAAAUGGAGAUCAAUAUGACUACGACGGUUCGGAAGACGACCAUUCCAGGCCUUGGUGGCGUCGUCGUCUCAGAUCCUUGUAUAUGGCGGCCAUGUCCUUUACUCCGUCCACUUUUCGAAUCGCAAUCUCGUUGCUCCUUCUUGUUGCUAUCGUCACCGCCGUCAUUUUUCUCCCGGUCGAACAGAAAUUGAAGGACUUCUUGUUAUGGAUUAAGGAAGAUCUUGGACCUUUUGGUCCACUUGCAUUGGCUUUGGCUUAUAUUCCUCUCACAAUUGUCGCAGUUCCUGCUUCUGUACUCACGCUAGGUGGUGGUUACCUUUUUGGCCUGCCAGUAGGAUUUGUAGCCGACUCUCUUGGAGCUACAUUAGGUGCAACUGCCGCAUUUCUGCUUGGUAGAACGAUUGGUAAAUCUUAUGUCACCUCAAAAAUAAAGCAUUAUCCAAAGUUUCAAGCUGUUUCCGUUGCAAUUCAAAAAUCUGGCUUCAAGAUAGUCUUGCUACUACGCGUUGUCCCCAUACUGCCCUUCAAUAUGUUGAAUUACCUCCUAUCUGUAACCCCUGUUCGCUUAGGAGAAUACAUGCUGGCCACUUGGUUGGGAAUGAUGCCCAUUACGUUUGCGCUAGUUUAUGUUGGAACUACUCUGAAAGAUCUUUCUGAUAUUACACAUGGAUGGCAUGAGGUGUCAGUAUUUCGUUGGGUAAUAAUGAUGGUUGGCGUUGCUCUAGCUGUAAUUCUGAUAAUAUGCAUAACAAGAGUGGCGAAAUCAUCCUUGGACAAAGCAUUGGCUGAGAAUGGUACUGAUUUAGAUGUGAAGAAGAAUGACGAUGCUUCCGUGCUCCCGAUCGCAGAGCCACCACCGGAUCUACACGAGCCUCUCGUUAUCAGAAUCGACCCAUCCAAUACUUGAAUAAUAUAGACCAGAAGAAACCCCUCUUGAGUUUGUAAAUUUGACGAAAUUUUUUUGCCGAGGGAGAUACUAGAUACGUUUUGUAUAGCAUCAUAAUAAUAUACUUCACCGUUUAAUUCGUUUUUCUUCACUUGUU